AUGGCGAAGCGGAAGAAGCCGAUUCGUAAGCCUGAGAUUCUCACUAAUGAUCGGCUUAAGUUAGUGCAACAGGAGGUUGGGCUCGGCUCUGAGGGAGAUGCGGUCGCUGCUCUCGAGCAGGGUAAGGAAGCGCCUAGGGCUGGGAAUGUACAGGAUGGUUCGAUCGAUCAUGAGCGGGGCAAGGAAGUGCUAAGUCUUGGGUUUGUACAUGAGUAUUUGACAGAUCAACAGGGUAAGAAUUCCAAGCCUGCUGUAGUGGAGGACGAUGGUUUGGGUGCUGGGAGGAGUCAUGUCUCCUGGGCGGAUAAGAGUGAAGAAGAAGACAGAGUAACGGAAGAGCCGUUCCAGUCUGAUUCUCAGCGUCGAUGGCAGCAAUUCCGUUCGAACACAAUUUCAUUCUCUGAGCCGAAGUUAGAAUUCACUGAACCUCUCUAUAGGAAUGGGCAGAAAUUGGCUCAAGUGGAUGUCGAAGAGGUGCGGAUUCAGUCAGCGAACUGGAGCUCUGCAGUGGUUUGUAUGGUCCUUGGAGCUAUUCCUCCAAUGGCAGUGUUUGAAGGCUUCAUCAAGAGGGUUUGGGGUCAUCUUGGGAUUGUCCAAAUUUCCAGGAUGACUCUGGGGCUUACCUUGGUGAAAUUUAAUGAUGAAGCAACAAGAGACCAUGUACUUGAGAAUGGAGUUCUUCAAUUUGAUAGGAAACCUGUCAUUGUGAGGCCAUGGACAGCAGACCUUAGUGCGAUCCGUUUGAUUCUCUCAGUUCCGCUGUGGAUUCGUCUUCAUGAUCUGGGUUUGCAAUAUUGGGGGAGUAAAAGUAUUAGUGCUUUGGUUAGCACGAUUGGUAAACCUCUUUUAGUUGAUAAAUUUACUAAGGAUCGGUCUCGGGUUCCGUUUGCGAGGGUGUUGGUAGAGAUGGAAAUCACAGAUAAUCCUCCCCAUAGUUUUCAAUUCAUCAAUGAACAUGGUCAGGUGGUUGAGCAAGGAAUAGAGUAUGAGUGGCUUCCUACAAAGUGUAAGAGCUGCUCGGGUUUUGGGCAUACAAUGGCUGAUUGUCGAAAAGAACAUAAGGCAGUUUGGGUGGAGAAAGCUCACUCUAAGGUCGAGAAUUCUCUUGACAAACAAGAGUUAUCAGAGGGACCUAAGGAGGUGAUAACUGAGGAGGUAAUUGGGGGGUCUAAACAGAUAGAAGCCUUAGAUAAAGGUAAGGGUGAUCCUUCUCUUUCGGUGGAGACUGAUCCGGGGCUGAAGCAACACAGGGAUGUAAAGUGGUUAACUCCAAAGCGAGUUAGCUCUCAGAGACAGGGCCAAGGUGCUGGGAGUUCUUUUAUGGCUGUGGCGGUUCAUCAUCAGAAAAACCAGGGGCUGAAUAAGGUGAAUAAACAGGGUUCUGUUCAAGAAGUUUUUAAGAAGAAUAAUAUUGGUAUUAGUGGUCUUUUGGAGACUAAAUUACGUGGGAAAAAACUUGGUGAAUUUAUGGAGCAUAAAUUCCCUAACUGGGAGUUUUAUUCUAGUCCAGUAACUGAGGGCAGAUUGUUAAUUCUUUGGCGGAAAGGGAUAGCGCGUUUGAUUAUUUUGGAAGACACUCCUCAGUUGGUUCAUUGUCAAGUUAAUUGGGUUGGUCAUCAGGAGGUUUUCUUUGUUUCUUUUGUGUAUGGAUUCAAUUCAGUGGAAAAUAGAAGGAGUCUUUGGCAAGAUUUAACUCGUAUUUCGGGUUCAGUCAAAGCGUGGUUGGUUCUUGGGGACUUUAACGCUCCCUUUUCAGGAGGUGAUAGGUCAGGAGGCAGUGUUAUCUCUAGUUCCGAGCUGGCUGAUUCUAUUGAUUGGAAGAAUAAUGCUAAAACUGAGGCUAUCAAGAGCAUAGGCUCUUUUUUCACGUGGACAAACAACCAGGCAGGCUUAGCUAGAAUUUAUUCUAAAAUUGAUCAUGCCUUUAUUAAUGAGGAAUGGCUGGAUAAGUUUCCUCAAUGCAUGGCUGUGUUUCAAUGGGAGGUGGUGUCUGAUCACUGUUCUUGCUUAAUUUUGAAUUUGCCCUUGAAAUUGAUGGGAACAAAGUUGUUCAGAUUUUUCAAUUUAUGGGUUAAUCACCCUGAUUUCAAUCACCUGGUUAUGGAAAGUUGGAGAGUUCCUGUUCUUGCUACUGGUUUAAAGGCUAUUUUUAUAAGGUUAAUUCGGCUGAAACAUCAACUUAAGAAGCUCAAUAGGGACAGAUUUGGAGAUAUUGGCGCCUGUUACCAAUCAGCUCUUGAGGCUCUUCAAACGGCUCAAUUAAAAGCUCAAGAGAACCCUCAUAAUCUUCAGUUGCAAGAAGUGCUUAAGGACAGAGCUUCCGAUUACCACUAUCAAGGCAUAUUUAUCAUAGCUUUCUUGUCCAGAGAAAGGAAAGCAGAUAAUUCCAUUGUGUCUGUUAUUAAUGAACAAGGCUUGCUGGUAGAUAAUGGCAAGGAGGUGGUAGACCAUUUUGUUAAGCAUUUCCAAAAUCACCUUGGUAGUUCAAGCUCAGCUACAGGGAUUGUUAAUCAAAACAGUAUAGCUACUGGUUCUAAACUUUCAGUGGAUCAGCAACUUUACCUCCUUAAUCCCUUUACUAUUAAGGAAAUUAGAGCUGCUUUGUUUAAUAUCCCUAGUACUAAAUCUCCUGGUCCGGAUGGGUAUGGCUCUGGCUUCUUUAAGGCUAUGUGGAAGGAUAUUGGCCAAGAUAUUUGCUCAGCAAUUCAACAUGGUUUUUCUUCUGGUCAGUUCCCAAAAGAGCUUCAUGAAACAACUUUAUCCUUGAUCCCUAAAGUGGUUAAUCCAGCUAGAGCCUCUGAUUAUAGACCUAUCGCGUGUUGUUCGACCUUGUAUAAGGUCAUGGCUAACUUGCUUUGUUCUCGGCUAGCAGUGGUGCUUCCCUCUCUCAUUCAAUCUAACCAAGGUGCGUUUGUUCGUGGUAGAUGUAUUGCGCAUAAUAUCAUGAUUCUGCAGGACUUGAUUAAGAAUUAUGGUAGAGCUCUCACCUCUCCUCGUUGUGCGAUCAAAAUUGAUCUUAGCAAGGCUUAUGACACGGUGGAUUGGCAGUUUUUGGAAAACCUCUUGAAGGCCUACUGUUUUCCUAUGAAGUUUAUAGGCUGGGUAAUGAAUUGCAUUAGGAAUACUUCUUAUUCCUUAUUGAUAAAUGGUCGUGUGCAAAGUAGUUUCAAGGGGAAAAAAGGUCUGCGUCAAGGGGAUCCGAUGUCCCCUCUUCUCUUUGUUCUCAUCAUGGAAUACAUGACUAGGUGUUUGCAAUUGGAUGCCAGAUCUCCUUCUUUUCGGUUUCAUCCUAUGUGUAAGAGCUUGAAACUCAUUAAUUUGUGUUUUGCCGAUGAUGUGAUUCUGUUUUGCAAGGGCUCUUGUAUGGCUGUUAAUGUUCUUAAGGAAUCUCUUAGAAAAUUUAGUGAGGAUUCUGGUCUAUCUAUUAACACCAAGAAGUCCCAUAUUUAUUUUGGAGGGGUGUUGACAGAGGUGAAGAGUGAGAUUCAGCAGCUACUUCAACUUCCAGCAGGGUCUUUCCCUCUUCACUAUCUUGGAGUGCCUUUGAGGCCUACCAAAUGGAAGCACGUAGACUGUGAAGUUAUAAUUCAAAAGAUGAGAACUAAGCUUUUUUCUUGGUCUAGUAAACACCUUUCUUAUGCUGGCCGAUUACCGGUUAUUCAAUCUGUUUUAUUCGGUUUGAGGAAUUUUUGGAUGUCAGUGUUCAUUCUGCCUCAAAGCAUAGUUAAAGAGGUUGAGAAAUUAUGUAGACAGUUUGUGUGGGGAGCCUCUGGAACUCGAAGCAAGCUUCACUUGGCUUCUUGGCAUCAAGUUUGCAUGCCUAAGGCUUAUGGUGGGUUUGGUCUUAGGGAUGGAGCUAGCUGGAAUAGAGCUUUGCUGGCUAAGUAUGUGUGGGCAGUUGCAACUAAGCAAGACUCUUUGUGGGUUAAAUGGGUCCAACAUGUGUAUCUAAAAGGGGCUAACUUUUGGGACUAUGGAUUGAAGCAAGACUCUAGCUGGUAUUGGCGUAAACUCUGCUACCUCAGGAAGAGAUUCAGUGAGCAUGAGAUUUUGGCUGCUGGCUGUUCUGGGAGUUUCAGACCAUCUAAACUGUACAACAGCACCCUAAACCAGCAUCUUGCUGUCUAUAAAAAAGUUGUUUGGUGUCGCACCUCUCUCCCUAAACACAGGAUUCUAUUAUGGAUGGUGGUCAAUUCUUUUCUCCUAACUAGAGACAACUUAACCAGGUGUAAUAUUCCUAUUGAGAGCACUCUCUGCCCGCUGUGGUUUACCAAAUUUGGAGGAAUAGAAACAGAUGCAUCUAUGAUGGUUAUUCUCUUUCAGCAAACUUUUUGCUCUUGUGUUGUAAUUACUUGUUUGUUCAAUGAAGCUAUUUCUUCUUGA